GAUAUUAUUCAUUACCAUUAUUAUAUCAAAGCAUUGGCCAAGAUGAAAUAUGUAAGCCUUGCCUUGGAUACUGUUAAAAAGAUGGAAUCUCUAAACCUCAAACCAGAUGGUUUUAUUUACUCUACUCUCAUAUCAAUGUGUGGAGAGAUGAAACAAAUAGAUAUCGGAAAGCAACUUCACAAAACUGUAAAGGAGAAGGGAUUGUCUAAUAUUUACAUCAACACCUCACUCAUACACAUGUAUUGUGGAUUUGGUAUGCUUGAUGAAGCUUCUGAAAUAUUUUACAAUCUGGAGAAGAAGGAUCUUGCAGCUUGGAAUGCCAUUAUUCAUGGCUAUGGAACAAAUAAUCAACCUCAGAGAUCCCUUGAGCUCUUCCAAGAAAUGCAAGAGCUCAAAGUUGCACCAGACAAUCAAACAUUUGUUUGUCUCUUGGAUGCAUGUAGUGUUGGAGGACUUUUAGUUGAAGGUUUCCAAAUGUUUAGAUCUAUGGAAAGAGAAUACCAUAUUAUACCCGACAUUAGACAUUAUGGUUGCAUGAUAAAACUACUGCUACAUGAAAAUGAGUAUCAUUUGUGCUUGCAACUUUUCAAAGAAAUGAAGAGUAAA